AUGAUUGCGAAAGAGGGGGGUUCAAGUCAAGUCUUCAAAGCCAAGAUUCAUCCCGACCACCACCGUCUAAGCCAGUCCGAUCGCCGCUCCAAUGUCUUCGCAAUCAAGAUUCUAAAUUCAAGAGACGAUGAGGCCUUCAGCCAAGAAGUGACAGUUUUAAGAAAGCUCAGUACGAGGAGGCAUUCCCACGUUCACCUCAUCACUGUGUUGGCUACCUACCGACAUCGCGCAGCUUAUCAUCUCAUUUUCCCGUGGGCUGACGCUGACCUUUUCGACUACUGGAAGCGACAUUCAGAGGCGCCACCCGAAAAGAAUCAGAUAGACAAAUGGCUGAUAGAACAAUGCCGGGGUCUUGCAGAUGGGCUCAACAGUAUUCAUCGUUAUGCGACAUUCUCUGGAACAUCAAUCCUCAACGCUUUCAACCUCCCCAACAGGACGAGAACAGAAGGUUGUGACCAAGCCACCACAUCUGGAGGUUUGAAUGCCAACAAGUCAAUCAGAAACCUGUUUGGCCGGCACGGGGAUCUCAAACCACAGAAUAUCCUUUGGUAUCCACACCCUACAGCCACGGGCGGUCACGGCAUUCUCAAGAUCACCGAUUUCGGGGUAACUCGAUUUAACACUGAAAACAUGUGGGACACUCAGAAGACUGGUAGAUUACCCAACUCACGUACCUACCGAUCGCCAGAAAGUGAUCUUGACGGUAUUGGCCUGGUCGAAAGGUACGGCAAGAUGCGCCUGGCGACAAAUCCUCGUGAGUCCAGUAUACCGACGGACACCUUCUUCUCAAUUCACGAAGUAGGAGGGCAAAAGACGGUCGACGUGAAGCCCGCAGUUCUUCAGACCAUUGAAGAGCUACGAGAGCAUCAACGUUGUACGGAGGACUUCAGCAACUUCCUCGACAUGAUCAAGGACGACAUGCUAGUUGUUCAUCAGCACGAAGUAGUGGUCAGUGAAGAUGGGAGUCCAGUGCUUCGAAAGACCGCCUCGGAACCCGCUGGUAGUCCACGCCUUGGUAACAUCCGUCGAAAGAGCUGUGGUGAUGUCUUCCGCAGAUUGGGCGAUAUCAAGCCUUGCGUUGAUCAAGAAGAAGACCUCGCACGGCAGAGCGCGUUCGAACCAAUGUCGCCUGUAUCUCAGUCACAUCACACAUGGCCACAACGAGAGGACUGA